ACCAGCUUCCCUCAUCAAAACCCCAUCCAAUUCCAAACCCCUCCGUCCCCUCGCAUCGCCAUUCCACCGCCAUCUCCGCUCCGCUCCUCUCCUUCGCGGCCAACCACCACCUCUCCCCUCGCCACCAUGGCUACCGCGGCGCGUGCCAUCGCCUCAGCCGCACGCCCAGCGCGGCCUCUCCUCCUGUCUCGGCGCCGCCCUUCCUCAAUCGCUCUCCCCCCGCGGCCUCGCGGCGUCGGCGGCGCUGGGUCCGUCCGCUGCAUGGCGCGGCGGCCCGACUCCUCCUACUCGCCGCUGCGGUCGGGGCAGGGCGGAGACCGCGCGCCGACGGAGAUGGCGCCUCUGUUCCCCGGGUGCGACUACGAGCACUGGCUCAUCGUCAUGGACAAGCCUGGCGGCGAGGGCGCCACCAAGCAGCAUAUGAUCGAUUGCUACAUCCAGACCCUCGCCAAGGUCGUAGGGAGUGAGGAGGAGGCGAAGAAGAGGAUAUACAACGUGUCCUGCGAGCGCUACUUCGGAUUCGGGUGCGAGAUUGAUGAGGAAACAUCCAACAAGCUGGAAGGCCUACCAGGUGUUCUUUUUGUGCUUCCUGACUCUUAUGUCGAUGCUGAGAACAAAGACUACGGUGCUGAGUUAUUUGUGAAUGGUGAAAUCGUUCAGCGAUCACCAGAAAGGCAAAGAAGGGUGGAGCCUGUGCCUCAGAGAGCUCAAGACAGACCCCGUUACAGUGACCGGACUCGCUAUGUGAAGCGGAGGGAGAACCAAUCUUACCAGCGAUGAUGUUGCGAUUUCUGUUUUUGGAGAUAGAAGGUGGUGUCAUUUCUACAAGUGUCUAAAUGCAAUGCCGGAGAUAUACUGGCAACUGGCAACUUCUACGACCGACAUGAGAAUGGCUCCCGUUGUGUUAGCUACUUAGUUGGGCCUUGGAACUUUACAUGUUUAUGCAUUCGGACCUGUACGGUUGUACCCUAGACAUUUCUAUAUGAACUCGAUGGAUGUUAACCUCCUUGCUCCCUCCUAUUCACCACACCCUCACCUUUUGUCUAUUCUUUAUCCUAGUUUAUAUGAGAACUAUUAGCGUGGCUAGUCUCGUGUAAUAUUUUGUAACGAUAAUUUUUGAUUAAAAAUUAGUCUUUUUAUUUUUUUA